AUGAAGGGCAUAAAUAGUAUCUCUACAAUAGCAAUUGCCGCUGUUUUUUGUAUCUCUUUAAAUUUUUUGAAUACUGAUGCUAUUAUGACUGUAGAACAAAUAAAGAAUAUGAUGAAACCAUUGGGUAAAACUUGUGUAUCAAAAGUUGGACUUAGCCCAGAAUUACAAGAAGCACAUAGAAAUGGACAAUUUCCAGAAGAAAAAUCCUUCAUGUGUUAUAUUCAUUGCCUUGCAAGAAUGACGAAAGUUUUUGACAAAAAUAAUCAAAUUGAUUUGGAGGGUACAUUCAAACAAGCAAAAUUAGUAUUGCCAGAAGAUUUAAUAGAUGGUUCAAUAAAUGCAUAUAAAACUUGUUAUCCUUCAGCGACAAGUGAAGAGCCUUGUGAAAAAGCUUAUCAGUUUGGGAAAUGUUAUUAUGAAACGGAUGCAAAGAGUUACUUUUAUCCGUAAACAUCAAAUUAUUCACAAUUACAAUUAUAUAUGACAUCAAUACUACUAAUUUACUGUAACCAUGAAUGAUA